AUGGGGAUCUGUCAAUCCGUUAUUUGUUCAGAAAAAAAUGAUGCUGUUGAGAUUCAUAAAAGACAAAACGCGUUGAGAAUGAAGGAAGCUGCUGAAAGCGCCCCAAAUGUGUCCAAUAGUGUGGAAUUGAUUGACAUUGAAUCAAGGGAGGAGUCGCCAUCAGAAGUAUCUUCUUCCUCAACUUUAUCAGAAAACGAUAGAAAUAUCGCUCUGCCGCAAGAAGAGCUCGAUGCUUUAAAAAUAUGCGGGACACCAUGGCCGCCGGGUAGAGACAACGAUGUGGUGGAGCCCAAAGUUUGUCAGAUAAAAUUUUCUUUUGCUCCAACUGAGGAGCGUCAAUUGGAGGAAGACAACAAGAAAGUUGGGAGCAAAUCACCACCAAAGGAAUCAAGUCCACCGGAACCUUCGCCUGUGCGUCACUUCGGCUAUUCAGGGCCACCGCCCCGCCCCCAGCCGUGGAAAGAAGUGUACUUGACCAUGAUCAAACCCAAAGAAAAACAAGCUGAUGAAAGCAUGAGGGCGAAAGGGCUAAGGAACCGCGACAGGAAGAAGAUUAAUAGACAAGACCAGAUCCGCGCCUUAAGAAAACAACUCGCCCUGAAGAUCAGUUCAAUCAAGAGAAGGUCGAGUUAUAUUCGGCGCCACAAUACUCCUGAGGAACAAGGCAAGAUGGGCGUGGCCGACUGUGGCAUGAAUGAUAGCGAUGAGAGUAGCUUCGAGAGUGCAAGUCCUGCAAGCACUACAUCAUCUUCUACUGCGUCAGAUAGUUCUUCUAUAACAUCUGAUGACAGCUUUGAAUUUGAAGAAUCAUGCAUUAGUCACUACAACAGAGGGGAUGAUGAAUCUUCUGUGAAAAACGCUCACCGAAAAAUGCUGCCUAAUGCCAACAUUGACCAUACUCAAAAGGGUGUCGGAAAGUCAUGGAGAAUGUUGGCACAAAAGCACAACAAGGUCUUUCCAAUGUAA